UGUGUAAACAUUGAACAUCAAUAUGGCGUCCGGGUUUUUUAGUAGCUAAAAACCAGGUGUCUAUAUGUAGCAAUGGGAAUUCCGCACAGACCAAAGGUGAAAAUAGAAGUGGGGAUUUUUCCUGUUUCUUACAUCUACGGUAUUUAAGCGGGCGCAUGAGCUUUUGACACCCUCAGAUCGUGGUUGUGAAUGCAGGGAAAGAUCUCAGUGCAUGUAAAUGCGGUCAGAGCGACGUUCUUAUUUCAACCAGUCCAUCGUCUCUAAGGAAGUACCAUAACAUUGUAGAGUGUUCAUCAAAAGUGAAACUAGCAAGCAAUUGUGAGGCAUCACGAGAUUAGAAGAGAGCUUACCUACCUAAAAUAAAAUGGCAGACAGGAAACCACAGGCACGUUUCGUUAUGGACAAACCUCUGCCCUUGAUCACAGCAUGUGGUGACGGACGCAAGUUUACCAUCAACGAAGAAGCUAAAAAGUGCCUGCUGAACAUAGACAAACCAAUGUCCGUAGUCGCCAUCGUCGGCAAAUACCGCACGGGCAAGUCGUAUCUGAUGAACAGGCUUUACGGCAAGAACUCUGGAUUCGACCUGGGCAGCACGGUCCAGUCUAAAACCAAGGGGAUCUGGAUCUGGGCCCGGCCCCACCCCAGGGAUAGCAACAGGUAUAUGUUGCUGAUUGACACCGAGGGCCUCUAUGACGUGGAAAAGGGGGACUCAACCUACGACACUCAACUUUUCACUUUGGCUGUUCUCCUUUGCAACUGCUUCGUCUACAACAGUCAAGGAACUAUAGAUGACGAUGCCAUAAGAAAACUACACUUAGUGGCAGAAUUGACAGAGCAUAUUAAAGUCCAAGCCGGCAACAAGGAGGAGACAGGAGAAUCAUUCAGCAAGUACUUUCCACAAUUCAUAUGGGCUGUACGCGACUUCGCCCUUCAGCUUGAAAUCGACGGAAGAGCAUGCACUUCUGACGAAUACCUUGAGCACGCUUUGCAGCUAAAAAAGGGCAAGAGCAGAGCCGUUUUUGACUUCAACGCCCCUAGGGAGUGCAUCCGGACGUUCUUUCCCCAAAGAAAGUGCUUCGUUCUCCAGAAACCAGUCGAGGAUGAGGCGUUGCUCCAUCGCUUGGACCAAGCCAACGAUGGCGAUAUUAGGCCAGGGUUUCUGAGAGAGGCUCAGAGGUUUUGUGAGGCGGUCUGGACUGGCGUGGAUGGUUUUACAGUACAGGGGAAUACAAUAAACGGUAGAAGGUACGUGGCCUUGGCAGAAACAUACGUACAAGCCAUCAACUCUGGUGCCGUGCCAUGUAUUGGUACCGCAGUGGAGACCAUGAUGCAGGUGGAGUGCCAGAGGGCCUUAGAGGAGAGUGUGAAACACUACAGAAAAACAAUGGAGAAGACCACUGUACCGAACAUGCCUCUUUUUCUGCAUGAGUUAUCAAGCCUCCACGAGCAGGCCAAUGAGGAAGCCCUCCGUGUUUACAAGGGCAUAGCUGUAUUUGACGCUGAGGGGAUUUUUCAUACGAAAUUACAAGAACAACUGCUGUCUAUCUAUGACGAUUUUGUGCAGAAAAACAAAGAAGCUUCAAGGAAAAAGUGCAAAUCUAUUCUGCAAAACGCGUAUGCCGAUAUUGCCAGCAAUAUCCAGGCUGGUCACUAUGCAGUCAAAGGGGGGUACAAGAAGUACCAAGCAGAUUAUCAGAAAGUAAAAGAGAUAUACGCCAACACACAAAGGAAGGGUCCAUGCGCUGACGAGGAACUGGCACGGUUCAAUGAAGCCAAGAUAUGUGAGGGGAAAGCGAUUAUGACUGCUGAUAAGGCGAUGUCACAAAAAGAGAAAGACCUUGCAGAGGCCAGAGAAAAGCAACAACAAGAGGCAUUGAGGUCUAAAUCCCUGGAAGAGCAACAGGUGCAGCUACAACAGCAACUUAUAGACAAGGAGAAGAGCAACCUCGCCAUGAUGCAAAAAGUCCAAGCCGAAUUUGAUGAGAAAAUACGGGCCACUCAGGAGCGACAUGAGGAGGACAUUCGGACUAAAGACGAAGAACACCAGCGCCUCCUACAGGAGGGCCUCCACACUCAGGCAGAACAGCACAAGGAAAUGUUGGAUGAAAUGAGACAGAACCAGAGGGAGCUCCAGGAACAAUAUCAACAGCAGGUUGACAAAAUGAACGAAGAUAUGUUGCGUCAAGAGAACCUUAUUAAAGAAAUCAAGGAAAACCCACCUAAAAGUGGCGGAGGUAUUGUCCGCUCUAUUGGAGAAGUCGUCGGACAGCUAGCAAGGGAACCCGGGUUUACGGAUAAACCAGUACUUUUUAUCGGGACGUCUGAAAAUGGGAAGCUUGAGGUCAGCAAAGAUGCAAUAACAGCUCUGCAAAACAUCGAUAUCCCCGUAAGCGUAAUCAGUGUUACAGGAAAGUAUCGUACGGGAAAGUCCUACUUGAUGAACUUACUGUUCGGCGAGAGCAAUGGCUUUGCCUUAGGGUCCACGAUCCAGUCCAAAACCAAGGGAAUCUGGUUAUGGUACCGCCCGUACCCAGGAGAUUCAAACCGAGGCUUGGUGCUCUUGGACACGGAAGGAUUGUCUGACCCUGAAAAGGGCAAUGAAAACCACGACAACCAGAUAUUUGCGUUAGCCGUGCUUUUGUCAAGUUGCUUGGUGUAUAAUAGUAUGGGUACAAUAAGUGAAGACGCCAUCAGAAGCCUUCAUUUCAUUACAUCACUGACGGAGCACAUCAAGCUUCAGAACACAGCCGACGAGGAAACCGGUGAAAACUUCGACGAUUCUUUCCCCUUCUUUGUUUGGGUAGUCCGUGACUUCGCACUAGAACUUCAGCUUGAUGGUAAACCUUGCACAGAAGAUGAAUAUCUCGAAAGGGCGCUGCAGCUCAAGCCAGGAAAAAGUCGAGCCGUUCGCGACUAUAAUUUUCCCAGAGAAUGCAUCGGUUCGUUUUUCAGCGGCAGGAAGUGCUUUACGCUAUGCAGACCUGUCGAAGAGGAUUCCAAGUUACAGACCUUGGACACCCUGAAUACUGAAGACCUAAAGCCCCAGUUUGUCAAGCAGUCAGAAGACUUCAAAAACUGGAUUUUGGAGCAGAAGAUGCAGAUGAACGUUGGUGGAUGCAUUAUAAGCGGCAGAAGAUUACUUCAGUUAGCCCAGUCCUAUGUUGGCGCCAUCAAUGACGGGGCAGUGCCAUGUGUUCAGAGCGCAGUGACAGUGAUGGGAAGGAACGAAUGUGAACGGGCGAUUGACCUGGCCUCGAACGCAUAUAUGGAAGAGAUGGACAACGCCUUGGGAAAAGCUCUGCCGGUUGACAUCCGGGUUCUCUCUGAGAAACACAAAUCAGCAUCUGACUCCGCUGUGAAGCUGUACCACGCAAAUGCCAUGCUCGACUCUGACGGCCAGUAUUCGCAGAAACUGCAGGAUGCACUGGACAACUGCUACCGGGUAUACACAGAAAAAAAUUGGCAGGCAUCUGUCCAAAAGUGCGACCUCCUUUUAAAAGCCCUUGUACAGGAGUCACUGAAGCCAAAGCUAGAUGAGGCAGCCUUCAGCGUCUCCGGCGGCUAUGAAAAAUACAGGGGAGAGAUAGACACCAUUGUGAUGAAGUUCGAAAGAUCUGAAGGAAAGGGUCCAGCAGCGGAGGAGCUGUUGGCUAAAUUUCUUGCCGAAAAACAAGAUCAAGAAGAGGCCAUUUUAGCUGGAGAUAAGGCAAUGACUAAAAUGGACAGGGAAAAGGCUGAAGUAGAAGAAGAAGCCAAAAGACAAGCUGCUGAUGCCGCCGCAAAGAGCCGCGAAGCAGAGAUGUUGAAACAACAACUACUCGAUGUUGAGAACAGCAUGCAGACCAAUAUGACUAUGCUGAAAGGCGAGUUUGAGAAGAAGCUACAAGAAACCGAGGCCGGUUACAAAGCUUUACUUGCAAAGAGGCAAGCAGAGCACGAGGAGCUUCUGAAGUCUGAACUGAAGACCCAAGCCCAGCUUUUAGAAAAGUCCAUUAAGGAUGUGAAAGAAGAGCACAACAGGACCAAAGAGAACAUGGAGGAAACGAUCUCAACCUUGAAGACCACUAUGGAAAAGAGACAGUCUCAGUUGGCUGAGAUUUCCCAACAACCUAAUGAAGCCGAUGGGACCGGGUCUCGCAUCUUGACUUGGAUGAAAGAAAACCCAGAAACCCUUUUAGAAGCGUGGAAUACGAUAACAUCGUUCGCAAGAAACAAGAGUUCCGCAAGUGGAACUGUGCCAGACAGUGAAGCAGCUAACCAACAAGCCACCCCUACAAUGGCCACGGCAUCUGAACAUCCAGCGGGUGGACAAGUCGAAAAUUUGCAAAGCAGGAUGAACAGCGGUAAUUCUAAAGACCAGUCACCCCCGGGUGCUCGUCCUCCAGCUGGGUCCUUGAACUCCUCCAAAAAUGCGCGCGGCGAUGAAUACACAAAGGGCACUUUCGUUGGUUCUGGGAGCGGUCAACCCCAGGGGGCUAUUGGAAACGACAAGCAACCUCAUAAAGCCAGGUUUCUAUUUGGCCGUGCUGGAUUUCCCCGGGACAGGCCUACUUUAACAAUCCGUGUCUCUCCAUUUGACCAGCUGCUCAUGAGACAGACAUCUGAGGGAUCCAGAAAAAGCUUAUCUGGACAAGGGAACAAACAAAUAAUAGAAGAGAGCGGUAAUGCAGCCAAAUUAAAGGAGAAAGGGAAAGAGACAAAUUCAAAAUCCUCGGAAACAUCAAAGAAAAACCCCCAAGAAGAGUUGGAUUGAUUACAUGAAAAGAAAAAACAAACAAUAAAUUCCAAGAAUGAUACGACGAGAAUUAUGCAGACGCUUAUGGCCACUGAAUUGGUCACGGACCAGCUUUAAACCGCAUGAUACAAUCCACAUUCGAGAUAUAUGUACAGCAUUGAAGAAACAAACAUUUUGAUUUUAAGGUCAUAGCUGUGACUCAAUUGACAAUAAAUGAAAAUUUGACAAAAAUUUCCCGCAUGUCCCGAAUGAAAUGUGCUUAAGCAAGCGAUUUUUUGCAAAAAAUGUCAUUUUAUUUAAAUGGAGAAAGAAGUAUUAUUCAGAUGUAUUUUACAUU